UCCCUUCAGUAAUAUCACAGUCACUUCCUUCACCCGUCAGACUGCACAGCUCCAUUCGUGUCGACUGCCCAGAGUCCGCGAAUAGAAGCCUGCACCUCUAACCCCCACCACACAUCAGCCUAACUACAUACACACAGCAAAGCAACACAUCUGCACACCCGGCGUGACAGCAUCUACAUUCCAGCAGCCUCCCCUGCCUCUGCUCAGACAUGUCCCUCUACAGUUUCGGCCUGGAGCCGCUCUCCUGCCACACCUGGAACAAAGACCGAAGCCAGAUUGCAGUGAGUCCCAACAACAAUGAGGUGAACAUCUAUGAGAAGAAAGGCAAAGAGUGGGUCAAGAUCCAUGAGCUGCGUGAGCACACGGGACGCAUUACAGGCAUUGACUGGGCCCCAGAGUCCAACCGCAUUGUGACUUGUGCCGCUGACCGUAACGCCUACGUGUGGACUCUGAAGGAUGGCGCGUGGAAGCCCACCCUGGUCCUAGUGCGCAUUAAUCGCGCAGCCACCUGUGUGAAGUGGUCACCACUGGAGAACAAGUUUGCCCUGGGCAGUGGAGCUCGCAUCAUCUCUGUCUGCUAUUUUGAGAAGGAGAAUGACUGGUGGCUGAGUAAGCAUAUCAAGAAGUCCAUUCGCUCAACUGUCCUGAGUCUCGACUGGCAUCCCAACAACAUCCUGCUGGCAGCUGGGUCCGCAGACCUCCACUGCAGGGUUUUUUCAGCUUACAUCAAGGACAUCGAGGACAAGCCCGGACCCACUGCCUGGGGGGCCAAAAUGCCUUUUGGUGAGGUGCUGCUGGAGCAUAAAGACUGUGGAGGCUGGGUGCACAGCGUCUCCUUCUCUCCCAGUGGAGAUCAGCUGGCCUGGGUGGCCCACAACAGCAGCAUCACUGUGGUGGACGCUGCUCAGGGGAAGGAGGUAACCCAGCUGACCAGUGACCGUCUGCCUCUACUGAGUGUGCUUUACGUCAGCCCCACUGAGAUUGUUGCCGCGGGUCAUGACUGUUGCCCCUACCAGUUCACCUAUAAGGGUCCAGGUGCUCUGGAGUUUGUGAAGAAGCUGGACGUCCCAAAACAGACCACCAAGAGCAGCAUGUCAGCCAUGCAACACUUCCAAAACCUGGACAAGAAGGCCACUGAGGAAGAGAACAACGAGAUGGACACCCUCCACCAGAACAGCAUCACACAACUGUGUAUUGUUUCUGGAGAGAAAGCCAAAGUGGAGAAGUACAGCAGUGUGGGUCUGGAUGGAGCCAUGGUGAUCUGGGAAUUUAAGCAUUGACACACCACAGUCUGUCAGUCCUUGAGGUGUCAGAAGCUGGACCGACCCCUAAACCCCUCUAUCAAAUACUCUUCUGUGGAAUAUAACUGCUACCACUUGAACCCACACAACUACUGAUCAGCUUUUGUACAACAAUGUGAGCACACUGUGAUGUCUUUUGGACAAAUAAAGAUGAUAUUUACAGGCCAGACAA